CGGCCGACUUCGCUCCGCUCCCCGCGCUGCCCUGGGUGGAGCUUCGCUCCCGCCUGCGCCAAGGUGAAUCAGGCGUCGCGGGAGGAGAGGCAGCGCCGCCCGUUUGCCGGAAAGAGGACCCGCGCCUGCCCUGGCUCACCUGGCAAGUGCCCCCAUCUGUCGCCAUGGCUCGGCGGUCUCAGAGUUCUUCGCAGGGCGACAACCCCCUGGACCCCAACUACCUCCCGCCCCACUACAAAGAGUACUACCGCCUCGCUCUGGACACACUGGCCGAGGACGGGGAAGAGAACUACCAGCGCUUCCUGGCCGAGGAGGGCGCCCCAGACUUCCUCUGUCCCUCUGAGGUGGAGCACAUCACCCAGCACAUCCAGAAGCCCCAGUAUGCCCAUCAGGAGGGUGGGGCUGGCAGCACAGACUCCGGCCCCCACGACACAGACAUGGACGGCUCCUCGGGCACUUACUGGCCCAUGAACUCUGACCUGGCCGUUCCAGAGCUGGACCUGGGCUGGCCCAUGGUCUUUGGGUUUCGAGGGACGGAGGUGACCACUCUGGUGCAGCCCCCACCCCCAGACAACCCCAGCAUCAAGGAGGAAGCGCGCAGGAUGAUCCGGGCGGCACAGCAGGUGGUUGCCAUCGUGAUGGACAUAUUCACUGAUGUGGACCUGCUGGGCGAAGUGCUUGAUGCUGCAGCCCGCAGGGUUCCUGUGUACAUCCUGCUGGAUGAGAUGAAUUCCCAGCUCUUCCUGGACAUGGCAGCCAAGUGCAGAGUCAACCUCAACUACGUGGAAUUCCUCCGGGUGAGAACAGUUUCCGGCCCCACCUACUACUGUCGCACCGGGAAGUCCUUCAAAGGGCAUGUGAAAGAGAAGUUCCUGCUGGUGGAUUGCAUGGUUGUGCUGAGCGGGAGUUACAGCUUCAUGUGGUCGUUUGAGAAGAUCCACCGGAGCAUCGCUCACAUCUUCCAGGGAGAGUUGGUGGCCAGCUUUGACGAGGAGUUCCGCAUCCUCUUUGCCCAGUCAGACCCGCUGGUUCCUCCUGCCAAUGUCCUGAUGAAGGCGGCAGAGACCCUCAUGGCACCCUUUGGCAUGCCGCCCUACAGCAGCAACCUGCCCCUCUUCCCCAAGAAGCACCCCCUGCUCUUCCCCAGGGAAGACAACCUGUUCUCACCGCUGAUGGACAGGGUUGACCCAGACAGGUACUUCCUGUCCUCCUUCAGAAGAGACGACAUGCUGCGCCACACCUUGGAAGGGUCAGCAAUGCGGAUGUAUUCCAAGAAGGUGGAGAUGGAGAACUCCCAGCUGGACCCCGCCCGUGGCUUUCUCCGCUCAAAGCAGCUGGAGAUGGACUCCUUCAAAAGGCAUAGCUUUGCAGAAGGGACCUUUGAGAAUUUUGCUUCUUCAAAGCAGUUUUCCAGGCAGAUGUUCAUGAACAAUUUGGAUGAUUUUAAAAUUCAGUCCAGCCAUUUUCAGAAAGACCAGUUCUUUCAGUAUCAGUUUGAGCAUCCCCACGGUGCAGGCAGGCCCCAGGGGAUCUUCGAGAGAAUAAGGGGAGGCAGGCCUGGGUUCAAUGAAGCGGAGGAUUACACCGAUGGCUUCCGGUGCCCAGAGGUAGAAUCCGGUUUCCCCCAGGAGGGCUACCCUCUACGGCUGGACUAUGUGCCUUCCAAUUCCUCCAGGGAAGUAAGGCAUGGCUCUGACCAAGUGAAUGUGGCCGGGAAUGGCCCUCUUGGGCUGCCCUCAUUCCGGACACAGAACAUGGGGCAAAAGUUCAUGUGCCAGACGUCCCCAACCCAGAAGCAGAGCCUGGAACAAAGGCUGUUCCUGCAGGACCAAGACCAGGAUGCAGAUCAAGGCAAGAAAGGGCAAGAGAACCGGGCUGGCCUGCGUAACUGGAGAAUUUCCUCGUACCUGAGUGGGUACCAGUCUGACCCAGGAGAGGAGGGUCUCCCGACGCCCAUGGAGUCAGAGGCCUACAACGAGGUGCUUGGCCCCACAGAGCCCGUCCCAAGGUUCCCCAGUGACCUCCUCCCCUCUUUCAAACCCCCACUGCCACUUUCAGGAGCUGAGAGACAAGCUGAGGAGGCCUCUUUGGUGAAGCAGGAUCCCUUCAGGAGCAGGAUCAACCCCUUGAUUCAGAGGAGCUCACGACUCAGGUCGUCCCUUAUUUUUAGUGCUGCCAAAUUGGACCAGCAGAACACGUCGGCUGAGAAAGUCCAGAUGAUUCAAAAAGAGCAGACAUCCAACGAGGUGACAAAGGACAGCGAGACAGUCAAGACCACCACUGCCUCCAAAGUAGCUGAGCUACUUGAGAAGUAUAAGACAGUGGGCAAAGACUCAGAAAGUACGACUGUCAGUCACACAAAGGCCAUGUCCUCUUUCCUGCAGGAAGAGUCCCAGAAUGCAGAGAGGAAGUGCACCAAGUCAGUGCAGUACAAGAUCUUGGAGAGCCAUGUGUCAGACUCCAAAGACUCUCUUGGCAGCUACAAGUUGCACUUGGAGUCAGAGAGGGCAUUUGGAGAGUCCACCUCUGCCGGUCAGCUCACUGAUGUGCUUGGCAAGGAUCCCAUUGCACAGAUGAGCAGUAAAACGGACAAGCUCUCUUCUCGGUUCUACCCAAUAGAGAACAAGCCCAGUCUUCCAGAGGAGAGCCUCAUAUUUGUUGGAGAAACUCAGAAACGAGCUCUUGCAGAAAGGAAGGAGAAGCUUGGCUUCAAAGGGGAAGCUCAGAAUCUGUCCGAGACAGAAUUCAAGAAAGCAGAACAAGCCCAGGCUGUGGAAGUUCCCUCCAAGGCUCACGGCUCCAACAGCUCCCUCAAUAAGCCAGAGGAAGACGGCUGUAAGCAGGAGCAGAGCCCACGGGAGUUUUUCAGGAAAGGAUCUCUCAGGCUAAAGCAGCUGCUGAGCCCCAAAGGGGAGAAGAAGCCAGAAGAAGAUGCCACCCCUGAGAGCUGGAAGCCAGAGAAGCAGAGUGUGGGAGGCGUCAAGCGAUUGUCCAAAGGUGACUUCCAGGAGGCAAUAGAGGAAGAGAAGUCUCCAAAGCUGGCUCCUUCCACCCUUGUCCCCAAAGGCAGCCAGUCCCCUCAGCCUCGGUUUCCCUCAUCCACAGCCAAUGUCCUCUACAGCAGCAACCUCCGGGAUGACACAAAGGUCAUUCUUGAGCAGAUUUCUGCUAACAGCCAGAAGAACCGAGCGGAGUUGGCCAGGCAGCUGCCGAGCUCCAGCAACCCAGAGCUGUCCAAGUCAGCCACCAGCCUGGACCACAGAACUGAGGAGAGAAGCACCGGGAUCCUCCGGUCGGAGAGCUUUGGCAGCCACCGGCGAAAUCUGCAGAGGGACCCUUCGGAGGACAGGGACUCCCUCCUGAAAAGGAUGGAGAGCAUGAGAAAGGAGAAGCGGGUUUACAGCCGGUUUGAGGUCUUCUGCAAGAAGGAUGAGCAUGGCGAAGAGGAAGGUGAGCCCGAUGCCAAAGACAAGAAGGUGGGCAAAUUCAUGCCCAAGCUCCUGGGCACAUUCAAAACAAAAAAGUGACUCUGAUGUUGCUGCCCACCUUCACCUCUCUGGUCCAGAACCGCUUUGCCUGGGAGAAAUGCUGGUGGGAAGCCCUCCUGUCAGGACAGCUGCGUUGACCCCGGCUGUGGAAUGGGCUGAGCAGGUGGCUGGGCAGGUGGCAGGGGGGACCAAAGGGGCAUCGGAAGGCGCUGCUUCAAACCAAAGACUGUGUUAGGGGGAGGGGGAGCCCAGCUGACAUGGAGUCCUCUAACCAUCUGUCAAACAGCUUUCUGUGACAAACUUUCUGCUUCUGUGUCAGGAGUUGGCGGAUGCGGAGCUGCUUUUUGGGUUAAGAUCCAGCCUUUCUUGUCCAAUAUGACUAUUCUGGCUUAGUGCCCACCUCAGCGAAAGCAUCGCUGGCCCCUCUACAGCGGUCUGCUCAGCACCAGAAGAUGCCUCCUUGACCAGCACUGAGGACCCACCAGAUCUUUCUCUCUGUGUGUGUGGGAGGGGGGGCAGGGGGGUGAGAGUGGACAAGGCACUUGAGGGGCUGGGGUUGCCAAGGGGAUCUGUGUAAACAGCAGCAUUUGCAAUUGCAGGGGAGGCUGAGACUUAGGUGGUGGGCAGAGCUGGCUGCGUGCUGACUUCCACCACAGCACAUGUCGCCAUUGCAAGACAGACAAGUCUUCCUCCAGGCGCUGGCAGGAAGGAAGAAACAACCCUGCUGGGCAGGUUGAGGAUAGGAAGAGGAGACGACAGUUCUGCUCUGCUGAAGGACAGGGGCUUUGACAUCCCAUAGGGAACUUCUUCUGCACCACCCUCCCCUCCCGCCCCAGUCCUGAUACCCUCCACUGUCACUCAGGGCUCCUCCAGGCACCCUAUUUAUUGAGCAUCCUCCAUCCUGACUUGCUUCCACAAAGCUCCUGCACAGGCAACAAGGCUGCAUCCAGCCUUCACUGGGCAUUUGUUCUUAUUUGCUUGCUGGGAGGUUGUACAAUAAUGAGCAUCCAUCUUGGUUGGUUUAGACAUCUUGCUGCUCAUCAUUCAUUCAUCCCACACUUUUCAGUGUGUUUCCCUAUCCCUUUUCCUAACUGCCCAAAGGCUGCUUUUUCUUUUAAGUGGCUUUGUGGUGCUGGGGUGACAGAGAGGGGUUUAAAUCACUUGAAUUGUGCAAAUCUGAAUUUACGGUAUGAAUCGCCCCCAUGAGUUUGGAGGUGUGCAGACUAAGGUGGGCUGCUCCAUUUCAGACUGCAGGUGGAGCUCAUGUGACAGAAUGCUCCUUCAUAAGUAAACGUUCUUCCUUCCACAUAGAAAAUGGCUUGCUGGCUUAGUCUUCCUGAAAUGCUCGUUGUCUAUGUGCAGGGAACCCUUUCCCUGGGAGGAGCAUCCACUCCUUUGACCUCCAUUCUGAACAGCAGCAGCCAAGAUGCGGCUGGCAGGAACUGCGGUUGAGUGGAAGAGGGCUGCUGUUGUGCGUAGGAAGCCCCAGGGCAGCAAAGGUUCCUGGUGCCUCCCGUUAGACCAGUCUCAGUGAGCAGCACAGCCAGGAAAGGCUUUGGAGAAAGAGGAGAGGCGAAUUGGGUCAUGGACAGAAGGGGAGCAGACACACAAAUAAUGUUUAAUGGCUGUGGUUCAAGCAGGGGACUCAAGCCAGGUCUUGGCCAGGAAUUCCACCCCACCCCCGUGCAGCAGUGGAAACCAUUGUCCACACAUGUUGGACCAGGAGCAUUUAAGAGAGGCAACUAUUUAUAUCCCUGGAAGUAAACCAGUAGGCAUGUAAACCACCACUGCUUUAUGAGGAUGGUUUUCAGGGUGAGAGCAAAACCCAUGCAGGUUGUUAGAAGCUGGCAGCCAGCGGGGAGAACUUGAUGUCCCUCCCUUUCCUCCUUGUGUUGGCUCUCUGCAUGCUGCCUUUGAAAGACAGAUUCUGUUGGCGAGGAAGCACAGCAUGCAAAGGAGCACUGCCAUGUCCCUUUUGGGAGCUGUCACUCCAAGCCAUUGCUGCUUCCCCAAACAUAAGGUGGCCUCUCCUCAAAUCUCAGGGUGAGGGAGAUGCUACCCGCAAGCAUGGGCAGCCACCAGGCUGGAGCAUUUCUCAUGGUUUCAAUUGUAUGAACUUACAAAUUCAUGGAGGAGAGUAAGGUGACUGCCAGUCAUGAGGACUGUGUCCUGCCUCCAAGAACACCAGUCGCGAGGGGUUGCCACACGGAGAAGCUGUUGUGCUCAUGUUCUGCUUGUGGGCUUCCCAGGAGCAUCUGCUGGGCCUCUGAAAGGAACCCAGGGCUGGACUGAAGGGCCCUCCUGUGCUCCAGUUCAGCUGCAGGGUUCUCUGCCUCUUCUGGACCUCAUUGCCUUGUGCCAGAUGCUAAUUGGUUUGGGUUGUGAAUGUCUUGAGAAGAGAAGAAACGAAAGAAUCAAAGUAGAUGAUGGAAGGCUGGGAAUAUUGCACUGAAGAGCAGAGGGGACCAUGAAUGACUGCAGACAGGCCCAAGCUGUCAGGGGGACUCUCCUGCGUGACCCUUUGGCUUCCUGUGCAGAGCCACAAGCAUCUGCUAGUCCUGAAGCACAGUUUGCCCCUUUCUGUUUGCUGCAUCAAUUGAAAUAGUGUAAAUUGCUUAAAGUGUCAAUUGGGUAGCAUUCAGCAGUCCACUGAAAUGUAGAAGCUACUUCUGGAGCAGGCCCCACGGCACUGGCAAUUGGAGCAGGUGACAGGCAGAGGCCACCCAGCCAAAGCCACAGCAGAGGGGAGGGGGCACAGAAAUACUGUAUCAGGAGGGUUGACAUUCUGCACUAAAAGCAAUAAUAAGUUCUGUGACUGGAAUAAACUAUGCAAAUGUACAUACAA